AUCAUCGAGGACUACGUGAUCAGAGACACAAGCCUGAUCCGCGGUAAACCGAGAGGAAGGAUAACACUUUGGUUGAAUCUACCGUUUCUGAUAGACGCAGAAUAUACACACAGAACACUGCUAUGAGUCAUUUGGACAUUCCCAGAAAGACGGAAGGGACUGCUUCGGUGUGAACACAAGUAAAAUAAUGUGGACAUUGCGUGCUUUUUUUUUCUUUACGUCCUUGCUGCUAUCCUUUGCCUCUCUGGAAGCCGCUAAGUUCGGGUGUCCGGGGAUCUGCAGUUGCUUCUCCGGUACCAUCAGAUGCAACAACCUAACGGAGCGGUCCGUGACCGUCCCCCAGACACGGCUGGUGCUGAAAUAUCUGGAAGAGAAGACAAUCUCCAGCCUCUCGUUUGACAGCCUGGGCAAGGUCGAGCAGAUAGAAAUUUCUCAGAGUACUACCCUGGAAACCAUGGAGACCCUGGCGUUUAAUAACCUUCCGAGCCUGAUUGAUAUCUCCAUUCAGAGCAUUAGAAGUCUUGUGCACAUUCACAAAAAGGCGUUCAACAACCUACCAAAACUACGACAUCUGAGCAUCACCAACACGGGGAUAGGUCUAUUUCCAGACCUGACCUCAGUUUGCUCUUUAGAACAAGACUUCAUCCUGUACAUAUGUGACAACCUCAAUCUCCUGUCGAUUCCACCCAACCACUUUGUUGGAAUGACCAGGGAAUACAUUACAAUGAAUCUGUUCAACAACGGCAUCAGAGAGAUCCAUGAUUACGCCUUCAAUGGAACCAAGAUAGACAAACUGGACCUGACGAACAAUAGGAACCUGCAGAGGAUCCACGUCCGGGCGUUCCAGGGCGCCGAGGGUCCGGAACACCUAGAUGUGUCAUCGACGGCAAUUGAGACCCUCCCGCUGCAGGGUCUGGAGCAGGUCCGAACCCUGGUGGCCCAGGGGGCCUUCAGACUCAAGACGCUGCCCCCCAUCACAGCCCUGCCUGCCCUGGCCAAGGCCAAUCUCACCUACAACAGCCACUGCUGCGCCCUGCUCACCUGGAACACACACAGGGUCCUGGGUGUCGGUGCAGCCUUACUACCCCCUCUGUCUGUUGGCCCUGAUUCAUCUGACCUACUGAAGGAAGUAGCAGAUGUAGAUGAGGACUUUCAGUACUCACUGUUGACCUCUGCCUCACCCGGCCCCGUGAUCCAGUGCAGCCCCAAGGACGACGCCUUCAACCCCUGUGAGGAUCUGAUCCAUUUCCGCUUCCUCCGAGUCGCUAUCUGGUUCAUCAGCCUGCUGGCCAUCGUGGGCAACCUCACCGUCCUCCUGAUCCUCUUCACCAGCCGCGACAAGCUCAGCGUCCCUCGCUUCCUAAUGUGCCACCUAGCAUUCGCCGACUUAUGCAUCGCCAUCUACCUGCUGAUGAUCGCAUCGGUGGACCUGCGCACGAGCGGACACUACAGCACUUACGCCAUCAAGUGGCAGACUGGCCCCGGCUGCAGUGCGGCCGGCUUCCUGUCCGUGUUUGGCGGGGAGCUGUCCGUGUACACACUGGCCACUAUCACCCUGGAGCGCUGGCACACCAUCACCCACGCCCUGCAGCUGGAGCGCAGGCUGGCACUGGGGCAGGCAGCCGGAGUGAUGGCCGGAGGCUGGCUGCUCUGCCUGGGAUUGGCGCUGCUCCCCCUGGUGGGCGUGAGCAGCUACAGCAAGGUGAGCAUGUGUCUGCCCAUGGACGUCCUCACCGGGCCGGCGCAGGCCUUCAUCCUGCUCCUCCUGCUCUUCAACGUGGGAGCCUUCCUGGUCGUCUGUGUCUGCUACGUCCUCAUCUACCUGGCGGUGAGGAACCCGGAGUUUCCGGGGCGCAGCGCGGACACCAAGAUUGCCAAGCGAAUGGCGAUCCUCAUCUUCACAGACCUGCUCUGCAUGGCACCCAUCUCCUUCUUCGCCAUCUCGGCAGCCUUCAAGGCUCCCCUCAUCACCGUCACCAACUCCAAGAUCCUAUUGGUGCUUUUCUUCCCCAUCAACUCCUGCGCUAACCCCUUCCUGUACGGCAUCUUCACGCGGGCGUUCCGCAGGGACGCCUACCUGGCCCUGAGUGCCCUGGGCUGCUGUGAGAGCAAGGCCAGCGCGUACCGCAUGAAGGCCUACAGCUCCGAGAACGUGAUGAAGAGCAGCUCCGGGUCCAGCCUCAGGGGUCCUCACGCCGCCCUCAGGAUGGUCGAGAUCCAGCAGCAGACCUCCGUCCUCAACCAGGAGGAGACAUCUUAAACACUUACUCGAACCUUGCUUCCGCAGAGCUGCCUCCUGCUAGUUUUUCACUCCCACACUAAUCUAGCACAUCUGGUUCUAAUAGUUAGCUGGUUGAUGUGUUGAAUCACGUAAGGUACAACUGGGGUUGGAGCAGAAACCUACUGGCAGGUAGCUCUUGAGAAGGCUUGGAGAGCUUUGACUAGACUAGAACUAAGGCCGCAGUGUUAUCUGUGAAUCAUGUCUAGAAUGCACAUGAAAUGGUUUAUUUGAACAAAGCAAGAAAUAAUAAUAUCUGUCAGUUUAUAUUGUAAAUAUCGUGUCUUUAUUGUCGUGACAUGCAUCUUGAGCAUUCUUAAAAACUAUCAGAACUCUCAAGUCUCAGGCAUUCGCCUUCCAACCAUUUCUCACGCUCUCACGCAACCCCUUGUAUUUCUCACGCUGACAAGUAAGGGAUAACUUGUCCAGCUAUACAAUUAAUGGACGAGGCGCAGGCAAACAGUAAGUUAUCUGUCGAGUUGAGAGCUAGGCCACAUUAUUACUCCAAAGGGGGGGCACUGAAGCUCAUGUGCCCCCCCCCCCCCCCUCUCCAUCAUAUUUAAUUUUUUCGAAAUAACUUUUAUUUUAUUCUGAUUGUGAUGAUUCUCAAGAUCGAGGGCCAAGCAUGCCUUGUGUAGACUGUUUUUAUGUAGCCCCAGAUUUUCGCCACUGGAUACAGCGUUUAUUGGUUUCAUUCUGUGGUGGCGGCAGGCCAGAGGAAUGUCAAAGGGCAGAAACCUGCCGUGUUGGCACAAGGGCGCCACGUUGUGGGAAAAUUGCGCGUUUGAAAAAAUGUAAAUAGACUAAAACAAUGUGUGGUUACAUUUAUAAUGCGUGUCGAACGGGAGAUGAACUAAUCUUGCUGUGGUUAACUUCGUUAAAUCAUGAUAAAACUGCUAAUAUGCGUGGCACCAUUCAGUGCGGCGUGUGGCAAUGAUGAGUUUCUGGCAUUUUAGCAAAAAUUGUCUAUUCUAUAAUAGCUGUAGU